AUGCGAGUGCGAGUGACGAUCAGCAGUGCCACCUUCCGUGUCCAUGCCCACACAUACCUGCAGCCAACCAUUUUCUACAAAUGGAAGACAGACCAGGAGGAGCUGCUGCAGUCACUGAGGCAGAAGGAGAAGGUUUCAUUUGCUGGGGACAUGAGGGUAGACUCUCCAGGGCAUUCAGCGAACACGGAGAUCUGUCAUUUAGACAGAAGCCUGCAGUUUCUUGAGGAGUCUGGUCUGACUGUAGGAUGCCUCGUCACAGACAGACACCCUCAAAUCCAGAAAUACGUCAGAGAAGAGAAGCCUGCAGUGAUUCACUACUAUGACGUUUGGCACGUGGCAAAAAGUGUGUCACGAAAGUUGGAGGAUAUUGCCAAACAGUGUAAAAAGGUGAAGAAGUGGCAAUGCAGUAUAAGGAACCACAUGUACUGGUCCGCAACAACAGCUGCAUCUGGAAAGGAAACAGUGGCCAAGUGGAGUUCCCUUAUAAACCACAUGCACAAUAUCCACACCCACGAAGAUCACUUGUUUCCGAAGUGUGUUCACCCUGAUCUUUCAGAAACACAUGGAAACAAGUGGUUCCAGCCUGGUAAUGCAACUGUCUACAAAGUAGAAAAGGCCCUGUUGAACAAGAGGAUCCUGAAAGAUGUGGAGAAACUGAGACCACAGCACCAGACGUCAGCACUGGAGGCGCUCCAUUCUGUCAUUCUGAGACUAUCGAGACGCACUGAUGACACUGCUAUUCCUUGAGGUAUUCCAAAAUCCUGGGCCGUACACAGCCGAGAUGAGCCAGAUGCCAGUUCCAGAGAACCUGAAUGCACUGUAUGAAAGACCAGUAAAGGCUGAUGCUAUAGCUACCUAUGUGUCACAAUUCAGUCAGUGAGGUGCACUGUAACGUUGUCUGCCAGUGCUGAGCCCACUGUGCAGUGCAGCCUCAAUGUGACACAGCUACUAUUGUCUGCCAGUGCUGGGCCCACUGUGCAGUACAAUCUCAAUGUGACACAGCUACAGUUGUCUGCAAGUACUGAGCCCACUGUGCAGUACAAUCUCAAUGUGACAUAGCUACAGUUGUCUGCCAGUGCUGAGCCCACUGUGCAGUAUAAUCUCAAUGUGACACAGCUACAGUUGUCUGCCAGUGCUAGGCCCACUGUGCAGUACAAUCUCAAUGUUACACAGCUACAGUUGUAUGCCAGUGCUGGGCCCACUGUGCAGUACAAUCUCAAUGUGACACAGCUACAGUUGUCUGCCAGUGCUGAGCCCACUGUGCAGUACAAUCUCAAUGUGACACAGCUACAGUUGUCUGCCAGUGCUGAGCCCACUGUGCAGUACAUUUAGCUAUGCUAUUGAUAUUAUCUUGGCUGCACAUACUUGUUGGAAGUCGCUUAACAGCGUCAGCUAAAUGACUAAAAUGUAAAUGUCAAUUUAAGGUCUAUUCUCUUUCUACUGUGCUUUGACUUGACAUCUAAUGUAAAUUUGAACCUCAUUAUUACACAUUUGAAAUAAAGAAUGUUAUUUAUUAAAGUUAUCAAACAAACCAGAGUGUACUGUAACACUUAUUGGGGUUUUUUUCCAACAGCAAAUAAUGCAAAAUAUUCAGACAUGGGAAAGUUGUUUAAUUAAUUUACUAUGAUGUAAUAAAAAUAUUUAAAUCAAUUACUGGAGUGGUAUUCAGCUCCAGUCCUAGAAUACCCCCUCAUAGAUUGUUUUUGUUCCAAUCCAGAACUAACACUUGAUUCAAUGACUACACCAUUCAGCUAUCUCUUGAUUAGUUGAAGCAGGUCUGUUAUCUCCAUGUCUGUUACC